AACCGCCGCGGCCGCCACUGCUGCAGAGAAUAGAGGAGAGGAGCGCGAGGAAGCAGAGGGGAACGACGACCGGGAGGAGAGCUCCGAGUCUCAAGACGCGUCAGCGGAGCGGGCGAAACAGGAAGAGCAGGAGCGGGAGCUGCAGCAGCAGGAGGGGGAGGGGCAGAAGCAGGGGGAAGGAGGUUGCGAGUUGAAGCGUCCAACCACCCCGCUGCCUUGUCCCCGUUGCAAGAGUCUCGCUACCAAGUUUUGUUACUUCAACAACUACAAUCCGAACCAGCCGCGCCACUUCUGCCGAGCCUGCCAGCGCUACUGGACGGCCGGUGGCAAUCUGCGAAACGUGCCCGUGGGCUCGGGCCGGCGAAAAAGCAAGGUUUUGUCACACCCGCAACAGCAACAGGGUAACCAGCAGCACCAGGCGUCGCAUCAGGAAGCCCAGGCUCAAGCUCUCGCCGCUGGCGAUCCAGCCGCCGGCGUCUCGCCAGCAGCGCUGCUCGCCGCAGCGGCGGCGGCGGCGGCAGCAGCGACGGCAGUCCAUUCACCUGCCGUAGCGGCAACCAAUCCGUUGAUGCCAGGUGUCGCCAGUCCCUUUCUCUCCGCUCUUUCCGGCGCGUCCCACGCUCUCUCCGUGCCCUCCGCGGCGUUACCUGCAGCCUACGGUAUCCCCCCCGCCGCGCUUUCUCCGCAUGGAGCUGCCUCCGCUGCCCUUUCCCCGCUGCUCCCCAGCGGCGCCGCAUUUUCUCAGGCGGAACUCUUGCGCCAUGGCGUUCCCCCAUACUCCCCGGGCCUCUCCGCGGGACUUUCCCCCGCCAAUGUGGCAGCGGCGGCCGCUGCGCGGACCAUGGCACUGGCGGCGGGCGCGGGGCACGUCCCUGCGAGUAUCUUUCCGGGGAUGGGCGGAAUGGGCAUGGGCAUGGGCACGGGCAUGGGCGCGGGCAUGGGGGGCGCUGCUUCCGAGUACGCGGCCGCGGCUGCGGCUGCUGCUGCUGCGGCGGCGCCCGGCCAAGGAAUGUCCUCCGCCGCUGCGGGCCAGGAAAUGGCGUCUGCGGUCGCAGCAGCCGCCGCUGCCAUGGCUGCUCAAGCUGCUUCUGGGGGAGGAGCAGCAACACUGGCAGCAGGAGUGGAUGGUGCAGAGCGGAUGGAGAAGCAGCGGCAAGCGGCAUGGCUGGCCGGUGCGCCAGGCACAGGAUCAGGACAGGCAGUAGGGCACAGCACUGGAUGGGAAAACUUCCGUGCUGCAGCUGCCACAGCUGCUGCUGUUCCAUCUGUAGCAGGCAGGCAAGGCGGGUUAGACCACAGUAGAGCAGCAACACUGGCAGCAGGAGUGGAUGGUGCAGAGCGGAUGGAGAAGCAGCGGCAAGCGGCAUGGCUGGCCGGUGCGCCAGGCACAGGAUCAGGACAGGCAGUAGGGCACAGCACUGGAUGGGAAAACUUCCGUGCUGCAGCUGCCACAGCUGCUGCUGUUCCAUCUGUAGCAGGCAGGCAAGGCGGGUUAGACCACAGUAGAGCUGUCCCCUCUCUGCCCAUUCUCCCGCUACAGUCCGCCUCUGGUUCCACCUCCCCUCCUCUCCUGCAGCAAGCGCUUGCAGCUGCUGGCCCUGCAGCUACAGCCGCUGCUACAGCUGCUGCGACUGUCCCUACCACAGUUGACACUCAAGCUGCUGGUACAGCGGCAGGGCAGCACAAGAGGCCGCCAGGCAGUGGUGGUAACCAGGUGGUGGAUUAUCUCGGGAGGAGUCCUCCUGAGCAGCAGCAGCAGCAGCAGCAGCAGCUUGGGGCGAGCGGGGAGGAGCCUGCUGCUAAGAGGCUGUGCUUGGGGACUUCUGGAGGUGAUGUGGGAGACGGAGGAAAGGAGAAGGCAGGGCAGGAGGGUGUGCAUAACUUGUCGAGAAGGCGGAAGCGACACAGCUAUCAGGAGUUCAACCCUCCCACCUCCCGCGCUCCUAGUCUCGCCCGAACCACCCCUCCCCCGGCACCUCCCCCGAACGUCCCUCCACCCCUCGCCGUUCCCAUCCCCUUUCUCAACUUCCGCCCACGUUCCCGCUCCCCCAAUCCCGCGCGCUCCGCCUCCCCCUCUGGCGCGCGCUCCCGCUCCCGCUCUCGGUCGCGCUCCCCACACCGCCCCUGGCGCUGGUUCUCCCCCGAUGCGCAAGACUCCCCGCGCCAGCCCCGUUCCCCCGGCCCUGCCCCCGACCCGGGGGGCGCUGCCCCCGCCGCCGCUGCCAGCGCAGGCGCAGGCGCAGGCUCCGCAGGUCCCUUUUCCGCGGCUGCUGCGCGAGUGACGGGCUUUUUCACUCGGCCGCACUUCCGAAGCAGUUCUCCAGGACCGGUCCGACCCAGGGCGCCCGAGCCUGAGGCGAAGGUAUGGGAUUAUCCCGCGCCUGCAAUGAGAGAGCUGGUGUCGUUUCGUGAGCUGGUGGCUGGGGCGAGAGAGAGGACGCACGCUAAGACACAAGCGGAGAUUGCUACUAACGCGGAUUUGUUCUCAAGCGAAUCAGCCAGACACCAGCAUGUGGAAUCGAAUCCGCGGAACCUUGUAGCGGGUACAAACGCGGACAGCCUUACCGGAUCCUCGACAGAACCUGUAGAGCGUUCGAGUAGGGCAACAAAGAAUCCUCCAUCUAUUCCACCACUUUCAGCUUAUAGCGGGGGUAGCGCUAACGCGGACAGGGACUCCAGCAGUGAUCCGUACUACGUGCCUGGUGCCGCUUACUACGACAGCUUUCAAGCUGCCAGCAAGGGGAAGAGAAAACCAGCGGAGGAGCGGCGGCAGCGCGGGAAGACACGGGUUGGUGGGGAUGCGGAUGUAGCUACGAGUGGCGGCGGUUGUAGCAGCGGUGGUGUAGGGCCGAGCAGGAGAGGGGGGGUUGCAGGUGCGGUGGAGAGGGGUGAAGCAGGGUGGGAGGAGGGGUGGGUGAGUCCAGAGGAGAAUCCGUAUUUGAGGAAUGAAGGGGCUUACUACAGCACUCCGGCGGCUGCCAAGGGAGGGAAGCAGAGAGAGGCGAGAGAGGCGUUUCGAGAUGGUGAGCGGAGAGUGGUGGUUCCAGAAGGGAAGCGGGAAGGGUUGUCCCCGGACAGGCGGCAAGAGGGGCUGUUGUCCCCUGAUGGCGCCAGUUCCGACAGCCACAUUGACGCGUCCUCCCCACUGCCGCUCCCCCAAACCUACCUUCCGAACAGCCACAUUGACUAUGCUGGUUUUGCCGGGUAUGGUGGCUACGGUGGGUAUGGCAGCUGCGGGAGUGACUCCUCCCCCACCAUGUUCCCCCCUCACCUCCCCUCGCACCCCCACAAUCCCGCGGGCCCGUCACCCCCCUCUCGCCCCCACGCGCGUGACCAGCGCUCGGAUGCACCCCCGCGAGACUUGCAGGAGCAGACGCAGCAGCAAGCCUACCAAGGCCCCUCCCACCAGCAGCAACAGCAGCACCAACAGCAACAGCAACAGCAACAGCAACAGCAGCAGCAACAGCAGCAGCAGAACAACGCCCCGCCAACAGCAGCCUAUCUGCUGCGCAGGACGCCCUCCGCUCUGAACCGCUUCUCCCUGCCACGCAAGCCCGGGGAGGAGGAGGAGGAGGAGGAGGAGGACGGUGCCAGAGCUGGCUGGUCGACAAGGGGAGGGCCGGAGGGGUAUCAGCAGGAGCAGCAGUGGGAGGAAGCGGAGAGAGGGGAUGGAGUGAGCGAGGUGCCGUUUCAUGAGAUCGUGGCGGGAGCUCGGCUGAGGUCUGACUCUUCCCUCUCCCUGUCGCAAAAGUCUCACUCCAUGAUGUCGCAUCAGUCCCUCUCUAUUCCCUCGCAUGCGUCAGGUGAACAACAGAUGCCUGCAGCAACAUCCCCCCCCGUUCAAUCCGCGUUCGCUGCUGACGUGGCUCCGUCCCUCGUCUCGUUCGUGCCUCUCCCCCUGAGCACGUACAGUGAGGGCGAGUUGGGGGGAGAGGAGGGUGCAGGCGGAGGGGGUGGGGGAGGGAAGGGGGGAAGAGGAGGGGUGGGGGGAGAGGAGAAAGCGGGGGAGAGGGAGGGGGAGUGGGAGGGGGAGAGGAUGCGGAAGGACGGCGCUGGGGAGGAGAGGGUGGGAGAGGUGACGAAAGGGCCCGACGGGAGGAGGGCGGGGCGAGCAGGAGGGGCCUUAGGCGGCUGGUCGAAAGGGAGGAGAGGGACGACAGAGAUUGAAGAGGUGGUGGAAGGGGAGGGGGAGAGGGCGGACGGGGAAGGAGAGAGGUGGGGAGAGGGGUCGGUAGGAGAGGGGGAAGGAAUGAGGUGGGCGAGGAGGGAGGAGGGGGGGGACUUGUCGAAGGUGGAAAGGUGGGCUGCGGAGGGGAGGGAUGUGGGGCAGCAGGUGCAUGAGGACAACGACGACCCUUGGAUGCAGCAGCUGGGGCUGCUUCAGGUGAAACCUCAGGUGGAAGCUCAGGUGGAACCAUUAGAGCAUGCGGACGUGCAUGCUAGCGGGAAGGAGCGCAGGGAAGCAGUGACAGGAACUGAGGAGCAGGAGGAGGGGUACAGGGAGAGGAGUGAGAGGCUGGAGGCGAGGCAGAGGCGGUAUGAGGAUGGGCUUAGGCGGGUAGAGGCAGAGCAGCGAAUGGUGGGUGUGCGGGGCAGAGAAGAGGAAGAGGUGGGGAGGAUGGAGGCGAUGGGUGGAGAGCGAGGGACGGAGCAGCAUGGUGCUGAUGCUGGGUCCCGUGCUGGUGGCACCGCUUAUGGCACUGAUGCUGAUGCUGAUGCUGAUGCUGAUGCUGAUGCUGAUGCUGAUGGUGCGAGUGGUGGCGCUAAUGGUGGUGUUGGUGAUUACAGCAGUGGGAUGGAUGUGGACCGCCAUGCCGGUCCGUCCAAUGACGUAAAGGAACGCAGUAGAGACAUCUCAAAUGGCGCAGGUGCUUCAGGUGCUGCUGCUGCUGCUGCGGCUGCGGUUCCCAUGCAUGCGCAUGCGUCAGGUGGCGAAGGUGAUGCUGCUGCUGCUGCUGCUGCUGCUACAGCGGCUCCCAUGCAUGUGUAUGCGUCAGAACCAGCCGAUCUUGAGCCACAUGCCAUGGGCGCCCCACCAGACCUGCUGCCGCCCGCACAGAAAGCCAAGGGGCAACAUGCCAUGGGUUACCACCCGCACAGCGUUACUCAUCACCACACACCAAUGCACCCAUCAAGCCCCACCACUGUUCUGCACACUAAUCAUUCUCACACUGCUCACACGCACGCCUCUCACGCCCAUACUUCUCACGCACACACGCAUCCGCACCCCCAGCUGCUCUCGCCCGCACACCCCCAGUCACACGCCCUGCUCCCCACCACCAGUCCCCCCGGGCCCAGCGACCCCUUCGCGCCCCUGCCUGCUGCCCUGCGCGCUGGGCUGCUCAGGCGACUCAAGGAGGCCGACUCUGCUGCCGCACUCAAGGAGGACAGCCUUUCUGCUGCCACUGCCGGCCCUGCCACCCCUGCUGCUGCUGCUGCUGGGUCUACCAGCGGUGCUUGUGCUGUGGAUGGGGCAGGUGGAGGUUCCCUUAUAAGCAGGUCCGCUAAGGGUAUUCUGUGUCGGACCAAGGUGCUCAAGGCAGAAGAGGGAGGAGGCAGACGGGAAGGGGGUAGGGGAGAAAGUGCUGCUGAAGGCGCUGCUCGUGUUGCUGGUAGUGAUCGUGCCAGUGCUGAUGGUGCUGGCGAAUCCGCUGCUGCUGCUGCUUAUGCUGCUGCUGCUGCUGCUGAAGCUGAUGCCGAUGCUGAUGCUGCUGCUGCCAAGGCUGGUCUUCUCCCCCCGAGCCUGGUCGAAGCUGUGUUCAAGCCUGGCGCCUUGGGUCGCGCGGCCACAGCCUACCGCUACAGGGGAGGGGGCGACUUCCUGUUUCGCACCCUGGCCACGCUACAGCUGGAUGGGGAGGAGAGGCAGGGGGAGGGGGAGCGGACGGGGGAGCGGGAUGGGGAGGAGGAGAGGCAUGGGGAAGGAGAGAGGGAGGUGGGUCAAGGUGGAGGAAAUAGUGGAGCAGGGAGCAUUGAUGCAUCUGCUGCUGCUGCUGCUGCCACUGCUACUGGUUCCCCUACUGCUGCUGCUGAUGCAGAGGUAACUGGAGCGCAGCAAAGCAGAGCCAGCGACAGUCAGAGGGUUGUAGAACCGGACGGGAAAGGGGAGAAAGGAGAGAUGGGAGGGAUGGAUAGGACAGAAGGGAAGAGAGAGAAGGGAGGGAGGAGAGAGAAGGGAGGGAGGGAGGCGGAGGGGGAGGAGGAGGACGCGUGUGACUACGAAGAGGAGGCGAGGGCCGUGGCCCUCUCUCUCUUCGGCUUCCCCCACACUCUCAACGACUUUGGGGGGCUUCUGGAGGGCGACGGGCAGGCAGACGGUUCCGGGCAGAGGGAAAAUAUUCAGGAGCUGCCCGGGCGAGGUGGCGGCAGGAGCGGGGGAGCAAGAGCGGGGAGUGUGGAGGUGAGGGAUGGGGAGAGGAGGGAAGUGGGGAGGGGGGGAAUGAGAGGCGAGAGAGGGGAGGCAGGGGCGGAGCCAGGGGAGGGGGGCGAGAGGGCAGGUACAGGGGAGGAGGACGGGGGCGAGGGGGAAGAGAGCGCGGUGCAGCAGAGCCUGCGGCAGUUGGAGCAGGCGCUGGCAGCGGGGAGAAUGCCCGUGGACGCUGCUGCCCUCCGCCACGAGCUGCUGCUCCUCAUGGGGGGUGGCGCGGGGCACAGGGGGGAGGCGGGAGGUAGCCGGGGGGAGCUGGGGGGAGGCGGGGGGGAGAUGGGGGAAGGCCAGAGGGAGAUGGGAGGAAGCAGGGGGGAGAUGGAGGGAGGCAGGGGCGGAAUGGGGGAUGGCGAGAUGGGGGUGACGGUGGGGGUACGGGGGGAAGAGAGGGUUGGGGGCAUUGGGGCGAGGGAGCGAGGCAGGUGGGAGGUGAGGGGUGAGGAGAUGGAGCAGCGGUGGGAGGGUGGGAGGGAAGAGGGGGCGAGUGAGGGGGGACGGGAGGAAGGGGAGAGUGAAGGAGGUGUAGGGAGUGAGGGGGUUGGAGAGGAGGAGGAAGAGUAUGGAGGGGAGUUGUGGAGGGAUGACAGGAGUGCAAAUACCACCACUGGUGCCGCUGCCGCUGUCGCUGCCGCUCCUGCUGCCGCUGCUGCUGCUGCCAGUGCUGCGGCUGGUGCACAGGGUAGAGGUGAGGGCCGGAAGGAGGGCACUGGGGAGGGAGGUGUGAGCAAUGAGCGGCGGCAGGAGGCAUUGGCACUUGAGACGCUUGAGGCUCGUGAGGAGAAGGUGCAGAGUGGAGCGGGUGAGGGGGAGAUGGUGGCGGCAGGGUGGGGAAGCGAGGGAGGGAGAGAGGGGAUGAGUGAGGGAGCGAGUGAGGGAGGGGAGGAGGAGGAUGAGGAGUGGAGUGACGAGGACGUGCGUGCUCUGGAGCUGCUGCGAGGGGCGGCCACAGUGCAGCCCGUGCCGGCAGCAGCAGCAGCAGGGGGCGAGGAGCCUGGUGAUGGCAGCAGCGCCCUGCCUGCUGCUCGCCCAGCCUGGGGUGAGGAGCCUGCAGGCCUCUCUCCUGCUCAUCGCCCUGCCUCCACUGCUGGCUCUGCUGCAGGGAUGUCGACGGUAGGGGGAGGAGGAGGGGAACCAGGGGGGUUGUCGUCGGCGUGGCACUGGCUGCAGCAGGUGGAGAUGGCCGAGGCAGAUGGGCAUGUGCCUGUGGCGCUGCAGCUGUUUGACCUCGCAGACAAGUGUGACGCUCAGGUGGGUGACUGGCUCGUUGCCGUGUUACGUGAGUGUCUGCAGGGUGCUCUUGAGAACCCCCCUUCCCCAAAACACCACGUGCCUGUGCCGCUGCAGCUGUUCGACCUGACGGACACGUGUGAUGCUCAGGGCGAGCGGGUGAGUGGGGAGGAGUGCAGUGAGGUGGGAGGGGGGUCGGGCGAGGGGGUUGGUGAGGAGGAAGGCAGAGAAGCAGGUGGGUGGGAAGCGGAGAGGAUUGGUGGGGAGGAGGGUGGAGUGGGAGGAUGGGAGGGCGGGAGGGACAUGGGACGAAACAAGAGUUCGGAAUGGGAAGCGGGGGCUGAUGGAUGGGCAGCAGGGAUGGGUGGGAGCGGGGAGGGGGAGGCAGAGGCAGCAGGAGUGGAAGGAGAGGUGAGGCUGCAAGGGCUGGUGGGAGGAGUGGAGGGAGCAUCAGGAGCAGUAGGAGGGGCGAGUGUGAGGGAUGCAGGAGGAGAGGGAGGAGCGAAUGUGAGGGAUGCAUCAGCAGAGGGAGCGGCGAUUGUGGGAACUCCAUCACCUGUGAGGGCUUGGAGUCGAGGGGCAAGAGAGCGGGAGAGGGAGAGGGAGAUGGGGAUCACUGCAGGGAUCUCUUCAGAAGUCACCAAGGGUUCAUAUGAAGGUGCUGAUAACAUCCCCAGCACAGCAGCGUUCGGCAGCCCAUUCAAGGCAGCAGCAGCAGCAGCAGCAGCAGGAGCAGGAGCCGGCUCAGGCUCCCCCGCCCGCCCCCCCUCAUCUGCUCUGUCCCCCAUAAAGCCGUCCUCGAUAAACGCAGCGGCAGGUGCGUCGGCUGCAGCAGCGUCAGGUGGAGUGGGGUACUGGCCGUCUCCCUCUGCCUCGCCCUCGCCUGCCCGUGCUGCCCGCACGGCCCUCUUCUUUGAAACCGUCAAGAGGGCUGCAGGGGCAACGGCGGAAGCAGCAGCGGCGGAGGGGAGUGGCACCGGCAGGGAUAGGUUGGCGUUGAGGGAGGGGGCGAGUGCAGGACGAGGCGGGGUGGGGGGAGAGGAUGGAGUGUCAGGUGAGGGAAGGAGUAGGGGGGGGAUGGAGAGUGGGGGUUCAGGGGUGGGGGGUGGGAGUUCUGGUGUAGGGGGGGGCAGUCCCAGUGUUCUGGAGAAGCUGCGGCGAGCCAAGGCUCAGCUGAUGCAGCUGCAGCAGAAUUACCUCAGAGACCCGCCACCGCACUCCACCGCCUCGUACUCCUCCUCACCUUCAGACCGCACCCCCAGCAGCAGCGCGCAGAGCCAGCGCUCCGAACCUGAUCCUCUGCUGCUUGGGCCUACCCCCGCCCGAACCGAUGUGGCUCGGUAUGAGAAGGCUCGGAAGGGCCUGCCGAGCCUGGAUGAGGAGGCGCCGAUUGCGGGGUGGAGUUCGGACGAGGGCGCCGGGAGGAGCGGAGGAGACGGAGCUAGAGACAGAGCAGGGGACAGGAAAGAAGCAGAAAUGGGAUAUGGAGGAGAGGCAGGAAAAUUAGAAGGAGGGAGAGAGCAUAUUGGUGGGGAGGGUGCAGUGGAAGGAACAGGCCUGAGUGUACGAGCAGAGUCACCCGUGAGAGGGGGCUGGAGCAGAGGCUCGGGAGGUGUUGGGAGGGUCAGAGGGUCACUUGGAGAAGCGACUGGUGCAAGGCCAGAUGAUGGGGGUGUGGGAGCAGGAGGUGGGGGCGGAGGAGCGGCAGGAUCAGAAGGGAGGGAAAGAAGGGGGGGAGUAGGCAAAGGAAAGGAAGGAGGGGAUGGGGCGAUGGAUGCGGCAAGUACGCAGCCAAUGGCAUGGAAAUCAGGUGAGACAAGAGCUGUGAGGGCGAGGGGGAUACCUGGCAUUGUUGGAGUGCCGUUGAUUCAGCCGACUGACCCGCCGUGUGCCGUCUGCCACAAGGCACUCGCGGAACCGCCGGAACGAAACCCGAAUUAUCGAUGCAACCCGUCGCUUAUGAUCCGAUACCGGUUCCGACCUCAUAUAGUGGAUGGAGCUGUGACUGUACGCAGUGAUCGUUCAGACGAGGGCUGUGAUUCCAACGGAGUAGCCCAGCCGAGUUCCAGAGAGACUGCUGAUGGCCCAGGUGGUGAUUCCACUCUCCUGACGGAUACCGUUAAGCUGACGGAUUCAUUAAACCUGACGGAUUCCGUUUGCUUAGAUUUGUCUCCUGGCGAGGAGUGGCGGCACAUUCAGAUUGACGCCGGCAAGUGCUUCCGGGAGCAGGUGCUGCGGUGGUUCGUGCGCUGCAAGAUACCCACCAUUGACGCGCUGAUUCUCACGCAUGAGCAUGCUGACGCCAUACUGGGCCUGGAUGACGUCAGAGGGCUGCAGCGCAUCCCCCGCCAUGCAGCAGACCACGUGGAGCCCCUCUCCGUCUUCCUCUCCCGCCGCUGUAUGGCCAGCGUUCAAGACAAAUUCCCCUACCUCACUCUCACGCCCCCUCGCCCUGCUCCCUCGCUCCCACCUCCCUUCGCUGGCCCACCUGCUGCUGCCGCCGCUGCCACUGCCACUGCUGCCACUGCUGCUGCCACUGGUGAUCAGCCAUGUGGGGUGAUUCAGGAUAAAUUACUUGAGGAAAGAACAGGUGCAGGGGGGAUGACGGGGGGAGGAGAGGGGGGCGUGAAGAAAGUAUCUCGUCGGGUGUCUCGAAUCGACUGGCAGAUCAUUCAACAGAGUGUUGCUGCUCCCUUCAAUGCGGCUGGUCUGACAGUCACUCCCCUUCCUGUGCAACAUGGGGAGGACUACAUAGCACUGGGGUUUGAGUUUGGCGGCCAUGAGCGUGUGGUGUACAUGUCAGAUGUCUCAAGGAUCCCCGACACCACACUCGCCUACUUGAAAGCCAGGCAGCAGCUUCUGGGUCGUAUUCACAUUCUCGUUAUUGACUCACUCUAUUUUGAUCACCCGCAUGCAACUCAUUUUCAUCUUCCUCAGACCCUGGAUGCAAUCCGAACAAUGCCUCCUACGCUCAGCUCCCUCCCCUUUCCCCAGCUCCACCACCAGCACUGCACUGCCUCGCUCCGCUCCUCUCCCUCUCAGCGCUCCUGCGAGCUCUGCACCCAGCCGGCCGCUCUCCGCUGCGACGCGGAUUCCGCGUUCCUCUGUGCGACGUGCGACGCGGCGGUGCACUCGGCGAACUUCAUCGUGCUCCGCCACUCGCGCCACCUGCUCUGCGCGCUCUGCAGCAGCCCCACCAGCUGGGAGGCGCCCUCGCCGUUCCAUCAACCCGCCGCUGCGGCGCAGACGCAGGUUCUGUGCGACUCGUGUCUAGCCGUCGGCGCGGUUAGCGGCAUUACCGGAAACGCGGUUUUCCACACCCCGUGCGCGAUGAGCGCGAGUAUGGCUGCGUCGCUUCUCCCCCUCCACACAUACGCAGCCGCCCUUUCUAGCUCUGCGUUCGUCCCGUCGCCCCCGUUGAACGUCGCACCUGAAUCGCAGUCUCUCGCCAAGCGUCACAAGGCCAACAUGGAAGAUCUUUUGGCGUUUUCCCAGUACCCUCCCCACGCAAAACUUUCGCAGAUGCAAUCUCAGCAGCAGCAGCUCCCUUCGCUGCUACUGGCAGGAGCAACCCUGUCGCAGAACAGCCUGGGUACAGCCAAUCAGGGACAGCACCAUUGCCCCUUAUCCUCCUCUUCCUCCUCCUCGUCGCCUCCGGAGACCCUCCAGCUAUUCCCAACGGCAACUCCGAGCGAAGGAGCGACAGAAAGUGCUGUUGUAACGCCUUCGUUGACUAACGGAACUCUUUCGCAACAGCAGCCCGCACUCGCCCAUGCUUGCGCGGUUGCCGACGCAGCGGGUGUCGUUCCAGAUCUAAACGAAUCCCUCUGCAACGAGAAUCAAACCGUACCUGACGCCUCCACGGGAAAGCGACAGCGGCAGGAGGAGCAAGUAGCGGGUGAGACGCAGAACGUCUUGGGGGGAAGCUGUGCGAACGGGCAGGGUCGGAAUGUUCUUGGGCAGCUUGCAGCUGCCCGACUGAAGCGUGUUCUCUCCUCCUGGUAUGCCAGGCUGGCGCUCCGUGGGCCCCACGUGUCCGAUCUGGCGUUUCACAUCUUCCAGAAGGUUCUGCGAAAGCUCCAGCCUGGCCGGGUGGCAGCCGACUCGCUGAGGGUGACGCUAGCGGCGUGCAUGUGGACGGCCGCUAAGCUAGACGACAACCAGAAGACGCUGCCUAGGGCGUCUGACGUGGCAGCAGUUGCCCGCGUGCCAGCAAAGCGCCUGCAGGCUGCUGAGCUGGAGGUGAUGAAACUGGUGGAUUGGAGGCCCCUGGAGGGGUUCACAGGGUUUCAGGAAUGA